CGUCAAAUUCAUUAAGAGAGAGAGUGUGGUGAGGAGAAGACCUCGGUGGUUGAACGAUCGACAGAUGCGGUUCGAUACGUCAGAGGUGGUCCAACCGCCGGAUAUGUCAUACCACCCGGCGUUUCUACUUCACAGACCGACAGACUUCAGCGUCAGUUCGCUCCUGACGGGAGGCGGUGCAGCCGGGGGCGGCGGUGGGCAAGGGGGCCAGGCGCCCCAGGCCGCUUAUCCGCUCCCUCUGCCCUGCUAUCCGCUUCCGAAACACCCUUACACGACGGCCGAAGACGUCCUACAACACCCGGCCAUGCUCCGUCCUCUCAGGCCGAUACAGCCCGAAGACGACGGCAUCGUCGACGACCCCAAAGUGACCCUCGAAGGGAAGGAGCUCUGGGAGAAAUUCCACAAACUCGGAACGGAGAUGGUCAUCACCAAAUCUGGCCGGCGUAUGUUUCCCGCCUACAAAGUGCGAGUAAUGGGGCUUGACAAAAAGGCCAAAUACAUCCUCCUUAUGGACAUCGUGGCUGCCGACGACUGUCGCUAUAAGUUCCAUAACAGUAGGUGGAUGGUGGCCGGUAAAGCGGACCCAGAAAUGCCCAAAAGGAUGUACAUCCAUCCCGAUUCGCCGUCGACGGGGGAGCAGUGGAUGCAGAAAGUCGUCUCGUUCCACAAGCUGAAGCUGACCAACAACAUCUCGGACAAACACGGAUUCGUUGACGGUGUGUUGCAGACGAUAUUGAAUUCGAUGCACAAAUACCAGCCGAGGUUCCAUCUCGUCAGGGCGAACGACAUACACAAACUGCCCUACUCGACCUUCCGCACUUACGUCUUCAAAGAGACCGAGUUCAUCGCCGUUACGGCCUACCAGAACGAAAAGAUAACUCAACUCAAGAUCGAUAACAAUCCAUUUGCCAAAGGAUUUAGGGAUACGGGGGCAGGAAAAAGGGAAAAGAAGCAAGCGUUGAUGGCAGCUCAAAGGCAUCCGGAAGAGUUAAAACGCGGCUCGAUAGACUCGAGGGCGGAUGCGGACGACGACAAACUUUUGGAUGUCGUCGGGACUUCGGAACCGCCUCAUCCUCUUCAUCUUCCGCCUCAUCAUCACCCAGGUUGGUUGACAGGUGAUGCCGAGAGCGGACGGAGGGUCGUCAUGACGGGCCACGAAGGCGACAGCGAGGCAGAAAGCAGUUGCGAAAGCGAAUCCGGACCAGGAUUCAGGCCUCCCUCUCCCGCGGAACAAGGACCGGGACCCUCAGGUACCCACCACGGAGGCGGAGAGUACCCAUCGCCGAACAUCUCCGUCGGUCCACCGAUUCAUCCGGCACCUCACCUAUUGCCCUACCUCCUACCAUAUUCUCCAGGGCUGUACCACGGUGCAGGGGGUCACCCUGUUUUAGCCCCGGGUCCACCGCUGACAUCUCUAUUUUCCUCUCACCACGGGGUGACGUCGAGCUUGCUGUUCAACGCCCAACUGGCCCUGGCUGCGCAACACCCGGCUGCGUUUUUCGGACAGGCGGCCGCAGCGUACACGGCGGGAUUGUCACCGCACGCCCAUUCGCAUUCUCUUAAGGCGGCGUCUCUCGCCUCCGGAGUGCAUAGGUUUUCUCCUUAUUCGCUCCCUCCGCCGUCAAUCGUCGGCGGCUCUCCUAUCGGAUCCGCGUUCGAGACCGUCGCUCCAGGAAGCGGGGCCUGCUCGCCGAAACCGCCGACACCCCCGCCGACCACUCCUUCGCCUCCGAAGACCGACACCUCCUCGACUGCGAGUGAAUUGAAAAGUAUAGAGAAAAUGGUCAACGGUCUCGAAGUUAAAACCCCCGACCUCCUGAGUCACGUUAAAGUCGAGGACAAGUGAAUCCGUGACGAUGUAGGCAACUGUACAUAAAAAUGCGCUUUGUACAGACGGACUAGUGUGCGCAUCAUCGCCUACCCCCUUUUGCCUUCUUGCCGAAACGACCGAAACCAAAUCGUUUUUCGGAUCUUUAAGAUUCUUCGGUCCCUCCCUAUUGAAUUUUGGAUAUUAUCACAUUAUUUGUUGCAAUCAAUCUUAUUGUCUGUGAUUUUUUUAAUCUUGAGAUGGUUCGAUUCUAUGUGACUCCUACGUGAACGUAGAUUCGGGGUUCGACCCCAUCGAAGGGCGACUGUAGAUUGUCAAUGUUCAAUGAAUCGAUUAUGAAAACAUAUUCAAGUCAUACUUUCCGACACAGGAAGUCUUGGAGUGUGCUAUUCGAAUGUAAUGCUCCCACAAGAUUGCCUUAUAAGUUAUCGUUUAAAAAGGAGAGUAAAGAGCUCUAAAAAUUAUUUAAAAAAUGUUCCUCUCGUCGCUAAAUUAUAAACUUUCCACUAGUAGCUCGUCCUUUCGAGCUACGUUUAUACAUAUUUAUUUCCUAAUACUGUCACCAGUAACAUGAUAAUAAACUAACAAAAAUAUAUAUAAUGUAUACUUUGUGACCUUUAAGGCAUAUCAGUACUGGGGGCGUGCUUUGUCUAUUUGUCUAUUUUGUCUGAGUGUUUCUAUUAAAAGUGCAAUCCGCACUCGUUUCAAUCACAUUUUGGUUUCAUGUUAAUU